AUGCAUUCCAUUCAAAUUCACAAAUUUAUUGCUCUGAUAAUAUCUUUCCUCUAUCUUAUUGGUGUUUGGCAUCGCGGAGAUAAAUCUACAGUCAAGGAGAUGCAGAGAAAGCUAUUUUUUUGCAUUCAGAACUCACUUUUUGUGUUAUCAAUUGGUUUUGGAUCAAUCGCAAACGAUAAAAAGAACAUGUCUAUAUUCUUAGCGGAAAUAUCAGUAGGAGCUGCGGUCUUGUCAGUAAAACUUUGGCUUUUAGUUUGGAAGCAGAACAAAAUUCUGGAUUUAUUACCUCAAGUUUGUGUCUUUUCGAUUCGAAAUGGUGACGACUACAAGCGCUCCAGCGACAAACUUCGAGGAUUCGUAAAAUUUGCGCUUGUUUUUAUAAGUGCUGCAGCUUUUGCUGCCUUCUUAUCAACUCUAGGCUUACCGUUAUUUGGAAGUGAGAAAACAAUAUUUAUGGAAAUUGCAUUUCCCUUGGAUUAUAGGAACAAAGAAAUUGCAUUCUGGAUCGCAAUCACUUUUAUGUUCAUUGGAACUUCCUUGUCAGUCGUUUCUUUGCUAUUUACAGUCAUGUGUUGGUAUCUACUUUUGAGUUGUUCUUUGAGAUAUGAAGUGCUGGGAAGUGAGUUGAAGAAUUUGGGACGAAUUACCAAAAACGUAAAUGAAGAAGUGCCGGCAAAGCAGAUGCACAACCGCUUUUUUGAAGAUCUCAAGGCCUCAAUUGACACUUACCCACAUUCAGGGAAAUUGACCAAUGAUGUGGAGUCCUUUUUUUCAGACCUAUUUUUUAUUCAGUUGGGAACUAGUGGCCUAUGCAUCUGUAAUUCAGUUUAUUGCCUAGCAUUUAAUAUCGGUGGCAAUUCAUUCGAACGGCUUCUUUAUUUCCUUGUCUUCUUCUACUUCAUAUCUGAUCUAUUUAUCAUAACGUACUUCGGCAAUGAGAUUAUGCUAUCGAGCAAUCGUCUCUCCUACUGCUUAUUCGAAUCGGACUGGUACAAUCAGCCGCAGUCAACGAAAAAAUGCGUUGUAAUCUUUGGUGAACAUUUGAAGCAACCGCAACAGCUCGUGAUUUGCAAAUUGUACCCGCUAACUCUGGAGACAUUUACACGGAUUUUGAAUUCAGCCUACAGCAUGUUCAAUAUUUUAAAAAGUUUUCAGUAA